AUGUCCUCGUGGUUGGAAUACUUCAACCAGCUGUCGGCUGGCGCAUUUUCAAAGGUUGACGACAAGACAGAUGCAUCAAGUGAACCACUCACCGAUGAGGAAAUAGACAGGUUGAAGGAAUGGGUGACAACUCAGUCCGCGAUGCCCUCGAUACGGGACACCGAGGUUUGGAUCAGAGAAAACUUGAAUAAGGCAGUGCCAAUCACGGGUGGUUACACCAGGGUACUGCUGGAAGAAGCAAUUGUCCGACUGGCAUCUGAUAGGCAUCUGCGCCUUGGUGGGGGCGAUUUGAAAGUUCCCGGCUUCGGUCUGCCACUGAGGGGUCUCCCAGAUACUGCGGAGCGGUUCCCCGUUCUCGUGGGAGACAAGGAUCUUGACUGGAAAGCGAAUACGUUGUUAAUUCGGGAAGCAUGUAUGCUCGAGCUAAUGGAAACAUUGACCAAUAAGCCCGAGUGGUGGGUCAAAGUUUUUGAUUCUGAAAUAACAACAAAGUGGAAGACGGAGGCCUUGGGAAUGGACUGGGGCCAAUACCUAGAGCACGCAGACUUCACACCCAAUAUGGUGGACUUGUGCAUUACUGAACUACGCACAAAGGCAGCUUUAUAUGAGAAAACCGGUCUGAUUCCCAUCAUGGACUACUCGGCUUGUGCGAUUAAAUCUGAUAGCCUAAUAUCUGCGGAACUUGCACAAUCGUUGAAAGAUACUGUCAGAUCCCUUGAGGAGGUACCAGAGGAUGAAAAGGACUGGCACCCAGGCAGUGACAACAAGGUUCUCGAUUUGGUUCACCCGUCACUCUAUCCCUUGGUUUACGGCUUGACUCGGGUACUUGUUGACAAGAGCAUUGGCAUCUCCGAUGCUCUUGAGCACUGCGGCACGGGAACCACCCUGCCAAAACCACACCCUCUCGAGGUCUACGGUCGACCCGGGUCAUAUACUGAGCCCAAACUACCCUCUCUAUCGAACAAAUUCCAGUGGUUGCCCUGCGAUGUCGACAUCACGACGGACGGUGCAGUGAAGAUCGCCAGCUAUAUCAACAACUUGCAUCCGAUUCAUCAUGCUGAUCUCUACCCUGUCAUCGAGCGCUUCAUUGAGAAAGCUCUUCCCGCAUGGGACAUUGUAUACCGAUGGCCAGCAGAGUUUGAUACUCAGCGUCUCACGACUUCCAAAGUCGGACCCAUGUGCACCACUGAGGACCUUUGCAAAGAACGGUAUGAGUGCAGAGCGUCCACUCGACCUCUCAAUGAGGGAGAGCCAGAACGUGAUGAAGAGGAAGAAUGGGAAGCUGGGUAUAAAGAAUCUGUGAGAGGUCGAUUAGAUCUGGAAUGGUUUGAACGCACGCACCAACCGGAAAUCCCCGAUGUUGAUCCAACAAAAGACGGCACUGUUCGACUCACGGCAGACCAUGUCAAGACAAGGGGCUUCUUCAACAGCACGUCCCGCAUCCAAGUUAUCGUCAAACUCGCCAAUAUUCACUUGAACCCAGACAACCCAAAGUACGAGGGUGGCACCUGGCACGUUGAGGGCCAACUCAACGAACACAUCUGCGCAACGGCUCUAUUCUAUUAUGACAGUGACAAUAUCACAGAUUGUAACUUGGCCUUCCGCACUCGUGCCGAUCGUGAGGAAAUGGUCUGUAAUCUUGACUACGCACAGAACGACGAUCACUUCAUCGAGCGGACGUUUUCUAUUGAUCCCCAAGGGAGCACCUUACAGAAUGUUGGCGCGGUCCCUACGCGCCCUGGGCGGUCUCUGUUCUUCCCCAACAUUUAUCAACACCGGGUCUCGUCUUUUCAACUUGCCGAUCCUUCACGAAAGGGUCACCGCAAGAUCCUCGCCCUGUUUCUUGUCGACCCGGUCAUCCCCGUCCUCUCUACUUCUAGCGUGCCUCCGCAGCAGAAGCACUGGUGGACUGAAGCCUCACAAAUUCAUACACGUGGGGGACGUUUGCCUCCAGAGCUGAAAGCCCUGGUAGCAGAUCAUGUAGACUUCCCCAUCACGGAAGAUAAGGCGAAGCAGAUUCGCAAGGAACUGAUGAGCGAAAGGUCAGUACUACAGGAGGACACGAACCAGAGCAUCAACGUAGAAUGGAAUUUCUGUGAGCAUUAG